AAAAAAUACCGGUCACCCAUCACCUUACACAUCAUCCCCCACACAUUCUUUCCCUUUCUCUUUCUAUAUAAACACUAAAGCACACUUCAAUAUUCAAUUCUCAAACCCAUUAGAAUUACCCAAUUUCCCAAUAUCCCCUUCACACUUCCAAUAUCAUAAGUCAACCAAAUUGCCCACAUAACACCCAAAACAAUCAACAAUCAAAUCUUAGUGUUUAAUUGGAUAUUGGUCAUCACCUACAGAAAGAAUUAAUUGUCUGCGUAUAUGCCUUUAGGAAUUUUCUAGACUACCCACGAUCAGAAAUAAAAAAGAAUAAAAACGAUGAAUGAUUCUAGAAAAGGAAAGCAAAUGAUGAAAUCAUCAAAAAUGGUAGCCAUGUCUUUACUAGAAUCAGUAGCAGCUUUAGCCUUUUUAUGCGCAAAAUACACACGCCGAGCUUCGCGGAAAAUCGUGGGGAAAACGAGUAUGAAAUCGAGUAAUAAGAAAAUGAUUGGGAGGAAGAAAGAAUUUGGCGAAGAAAGCUUUGGGGAUGGUGGGUUAUGGAGACGGUCGAUUUUGAUGGGUGAUAAAUGUGAGCCGUUGAAUUUUUCAGGGGUUAUUUAUUAUGAUGUUAAUGGUAAUAAAUUGUCUGAACCUCCGAUUAAAUCUCCUCGUGCUAGUCCUUUUGUGCCCGGUUAUGGUUACCCUACUACGACUUCAUAAUUAAAAGAUUUGAGCCGUCUUUCAUAUUUUAGAGGCCCUGAUAUUCAAAGAAUUAAAAUUUGGCUUUUUAUUUUGAAAAUGCACUAUUUAUCGUGUAAAAUAAUUAUUAUUUUAAAUUUGUAGUUAGGUUGUCUAUGUAACAAAUGGGAAGAAUAUAGUAUAUAUAAAUAAAAAUAAUAUAGAGAUGCAAUUAAUAUGCAACUUUUUAUGUCCAU